AACUACAGUUGUUGAAGGAGUCGCCCUUUGCAUUCAGUUGUACUUCCUUGCUACCAUCACGCUGUAGUCGCCUUCCUCUUAGCUCCAGUAAUAAUCGGGAGAUGAAAUGUAUUUUAGGUUGUUUAACAAUUGUAAGAGCAUCGCCAUGGCCUCCUCGUACCUGCUUGUUAUGUUUCUGGGGGCGGUCACAGCGGUGGAGGUGCUGCGGCCCCGCGGAGUUCCUCUGUCAAAGAGACAGUUCUAUGAAGAGAAUCGACCAUUCACUUGUUUAGACGGCUCGGGGACCAUAGCGUUUGAUAGAGUCAAUGAUGAUUACUGUGACUGCAAGGAUGGCUCUGAUGAACCGGGCACUGCUGCUUGUCCCAAUGGCAGUUUCCACUGCACAAACGCAGGCUUCCGCCCAGGUUUCAUUCCAUCCUCACGAAUCAAUGACGGCAUCUGUGAUUGCUGCGACACAACAGAUGAGUAUAAUAGCGGUGCUACUUGUCAAAACACCUGCAGGGAACUCGGACGUAAGGAGAGGGAAAGCCUGCAGAUGCUGGCCGAGGUGGCCAAGGAGGGCUUCCUGCUCAAACAGCAGCUCAUACACGAGGCCAAGAGGGGCCUGGAUGAGAAGCAGAGCAAAGUAACUGAACUUCAGCUCAGCAAGAGGGCAUCAGAAGACGCGGUGGAGGCCCUGAGGCUUGUGAAGGAGGCUGCAGAAAAACCUGAAAAAGAAGCCAAAGAUCGCCAUCUAAAGGCCUGGGAAGAACAACAAGCCGUUAUCCGUGCGGAGAAGGACAAUACAAAAAUGGCAGAGGCAUUUCUUAGACUUGAUGUUGAUGCCGAUGGCCUUGUUUCAGCGGUGGAGCUUCAGGCCCACACAGAGCUAGAUCCCGAUGCAGACGGGAUGUUCACCGAAGAGGAGGCCCAGGGGGUGUUGGGAGGAGUGGAAACCGUGGACACUGCAGCGUUUGAAACCAUUUGGAGCAGCAUCAAAGAAAAAUAUCUCUCUGAGCCCCAGACGGACGCCCCCGCGCCUGUGGACCCCCCGACCCCCGAAGAGACGACGGAGCCGGCCUCCGACCACGACUCGGAGCAGUACCCCGACGAGGAGGUCCCCGAGGAGUACGAGGACGAGGACCCAGACGACGAAGAUGAUGAGGACCAGGACGAAGAAGACGAUAAAAUCCCACCCACGGCGCCGCCCACUGAAACCACAGAGGAGGACGAGCAGGCGUUGCCACCGUAUGAGGAAGGCACCCAGAGCCUCAUCGACGUUGCCCAGAAAGCCAGGGAUGAAUUUGAUGAGGCGGAAAGAGCUCUUCGUGCAGUGGAUGAUCAAAUCAAGGGCCUUGAGAAGGAGAUCUCCCUUGAUUUCGGACCUAGUUUUGAAUUUGCCUACCUCUAUGGCCAAUGUUACGACCUUACUACGAGCGAGUACAUCUACAGAUUAUGUCCAUUCAACCGAGUAUCCCAGAAACCCAAGUUUGGGGGAUCUGAAACCAACCUUGGGUCCUGGGGAUCCUGGUCUGGUUCAGAGGAUAACGUCUACUCCCAAAAGAAGUAUGACCACGGCACUGGGUGCUGGCAGGGCCCCAACAGAUCCACCACCGUGAAGCUUACUUGCGGAAAGGAAACGGUGGUGAUGUCCGUCUCCGAGCCCAGCCGCUGCGAGUACCUCAUGGAGUUCACCACCCCCGCAGUGUGCCAGGAGCCGCCAAGCCUGGACGCAAACCACGGCCACACAGAACUUUAGGCUCACCCGAGCGCGGCUUUUAAAGGGACCACUGGCAGCAACCUCUUCUGCACGAAGCUGAGUAGAGAUCCAUGUGGGACUUCCUUUCUUUAGUUCAGAGUUUCUAGGUUGUCUACUUUGUUUUACCCCGAUAUACAACUGUCUAAAAGUAAUUGUCAUUCCAUUAAAAAAUAAAGUUUUUAACAUAUUCCAAACCAGUUCCUUUUUUUGGAAAAACGAUUUUACAAGUAUAUAUUACGGAUGACUCUGCAUUAUGUCUUAUUUUAAAAUUAUUUUCUAUUCAACACUAAAAAGAUGAAGACUUUAAGAGAAUGAGUUCUCCUAUAUCCUAUAGUCCUUUGUCAUUUCUUACAGCAAAGUCAUAGAAAGUGCAAAUAAUAUAUAAAUGUUAGCCACCUGUAAUGAUAUUGGCAAUGGUUGGUGGUUGAUGGUUAUCAAUUAUAGUUUUGACAAGGAGAUCCACGGAAACAGUCACUCAGAUUUGUAACUUUUAUUUUUUUCUGGCAUGUAAAGUACAAAUAAUUAAACAAUUCCAUGAAAAAGUCUUCAAGCGUCUUCAGCUGAAAUCCCAGUAAUAAAUAUCCUAGACUAAACUGACAGGUUUAUUUUUUUUCUUU